AUGGAAGGGGUUUCAGCAGCAGCUAGCGUCUUUGGUGUCAUUCAACUCGCCGGCAGCAUUGUGAAGCUAUGCGGUGGCUAUCUUCAAGAGACGAAGAAUGCUCGAGAGGAUAUCAUUGCUUUACAGCGAUCGAUUACGGGCCUAGAAGGGACUGUUCAAAAACUCUUUGAGUUUCUCCAGGGCCCUCAUGCUAUAAAGUUUCCCACUUGCUCGUUGCUAGUCAACAAUGUCAGUGAUUGUCUUUCGGACCUCGGGGCCCUGGAAAAUAAGAUUAAUCCUGGGAGAGGAAAGAGUAUGAUGAGAAGAUUCGGAGUUCGAGCAUUCAAAUGGCCUUUGAAACGCACGGAGGUGGAUAGAAUCAUCCAGGGUCUCGAGAGAUAUAAAUCAUCUUUCACCUUAUCAUUGCAGAUUGACCAAACAACUCUUCUAACCAGUGUGGCUUGGAGUGCAGACCUGAUCCCCCAGAGAUUGGGUGUUGACGAAUUGCCGAUCGUCGCUGGUGCUGAGUUUGACUCAUAUAUGGAUCAACAUGAGGAUGAAUGUCUUCCGGGUACCAGAACAGAGCUCCUUCAUCAUAUCACAGAAUGGGCCAUGUCACCGCAAGGUAAAUGCAUAUACUGGCUGAAUGGUAUGGCUGGGACAGGGAAAUCGACUAUCUCCCGAACAGUGGCAAAAUCCUUAAAAGAGGCGAAGAUCUUAGGAGCAAAUUUCUUUUUCAAGCGGGGAGAAGGAAGCCGAGGUAGUGCCACAAAGCUUUUUCCAACAAUUGCAAGUCAGUUCGCGAUUAGCUUUCCUCAACUUAUCCCAGGUAUCCAAAAGGCUAUCAGUGAUGAUCCCAACCUAGCAUCAAAGUCGUUAAAGGAGCAAUUUGACAAGUUGCUUCUCCGACCACUUCUUGACUUUGAACCAUCCACUAGGCAUUCACCAACCACCGUAAUAGUGAUUGAUGCCUUGGACGAAUGUGAAAGUGAUAAUGAUAUAAGAGUCAUAAUCCAAUUACUACCACAGCUACGAGGGCCAACCACUGGGCACGUCCGCAUCUUCUUGACAAGCCGACCCGAUCUACCUAUUCGAGUCGGCUUUUCGGAAAUCCAAAAUCUAGAUUAUCAGGAUCUAGUUCUCCACGAUAUUCCUGAGGCUGCUACAGCACGCGAUAUAUCUUUGUUCCUAAAUUCGCGGCUUUCGAAUAUCAGGAAACAACGAUCUCUACCUGCCGAGUGGCCUAGUAGUGCGGAUAUUAAAUCGCUUGUGAAUUUAUCUGUUCCACUCUUCAUCUUCGCUGCGACCGUUUGUCGCGUCCUUGAGGACCCCCAGUGGGACCCCGAAGAGAGUCUCACCGAGAUACUCACCCAUCGGGGCGAUAGAUCUCAGUUGGACAGAACGUAUCUACCUGUACUUAAUCGGGUACUCAACAACCAAAGCGAAAAGCAGAAAGCCCAGCUGAUCCAGGAGUUUCGAGAGAUUCUCGGCACUAUUGUAGUGCUUGCGAGCCCGCUUCCCGUCUACUCACUUUCAACACUUACCGGUCUCUCGGAGAACUUGAUUAAGCGAAGGCUAAACUCACUACAUUCCGUUAUCCGCGUACCCGAGAUUAGGGAAACUCCGCUACGACCUUUCCAUCUUUCAUUUCGAGACUUCCUCCUAGAUCCAGAGUCACGCAAAAAGACUUCUAUAUGGGUGGAUGAAAAUCAGGUUCAUAAAAAUUUGGCAACAAGGUGUCUUAUUAUUUGUUAUAAGUUGAAACGGAACAUUUGUGGACUCACAAGUGAUGGCACCCUACGUUCGGAAAUUGAUCCUCAAAUCAUUAGCAACUGUCUUUCCCCAGAGUUGCAGUACUCCUGUCGCUUUUGGGCGCAGCAUCUGAUGCAAAGCCACGACCCGAUUCCUCUGAUAAAAGAUGCGUUUAUGUUUCUGCAGAAACAUUUCCGACAUUGGAUAGAAGCAAUGAGCAUCCUAGGUCUUGCAUCUGAACUUGUGAGAGUUGUUGAUCUAUUGCAAACUAUGACCCUUGACGAAGAAGAUCCCGAAAUACCAGAAUUUCUGCAUGAUGCCAAGCGUUUUAUUCUUAAAACACGACAAAUAGCUGAGAAUGCCCCCCUCCAAAUUUAUUGCUCCGGACUCGUGUUUGCGCCCCGGAAGUCAAUUAUCCGCAAGAUGUUCGAAGGAGAAAUUCCUAAUUAUAUAUGCAGUCUUCCAGAUGUUGAGGAUACAUGGAACGCAGAGCUACAGAUUCUCGAGGGCCAUUUGGACUGGGUUUUUUCAGUUACAUUCUCCCCUGAUGGUCAGAGAAUUGCCUCCGGUUCUAGUGAUAACACUAUCCGGCUUUGGGAUCCCGUUACGGGUACCUUGCAGCAGGCUCUAGAGGGUCAUUCGGAUUGGGUGCGGUCGGUUGCAUUCUCCCUAAACGGCCGAGUGUUAGCGUCCGGUUCUAGUGACAACACUGUGCGACUCUGGGACUCUGCCACGGGGACCUUGCAGCAGACGCUCGAGGGCCAUUUAGGUUCAGUUUGGUCAGUGGCUUUCUCCCCUGACGGCUGCUUACUAGCGUCUGGAUCAUUUGAUGAGACCAUACGGAUCUGGAAGCCUAUCACAGGCGCUUUACAGCGGACGUUCGCGGGCCUUGUGGGCUCAAUUUGGUCCGUGGCUUUUUCCCCAAACGGCAAAGUGUUAGCGUCCGGUUCUAGAGACAAUACUGUCCGCCUCUGGGAUCCUAUCACGGGAGACUUACAGCGGACUCUCGAAAGCCAUUUGGGCUCAGUUUGGUCAGUGGCGUUUUCUCCCGACGGCCGGAAACUAGCGUCCGGUUCUAGUGACCAGACUAUCCGACUCUGGGAUCCUGCCACGGGCGCCCUGCUGCAGAUAUUUAAAGGUCAUCAAGAGGGGCUUCGGUCGGUGACGUUCUCCCAUGAUAGCCGGGUACUUGCAUCUAGCGAUAAUGAGCAGAUCAUCCGGCUCUGGGAUUCCGCUACGGGCACCUUACUACAGAAGUUUAAAGGCCAUUCAAAUUCGGUUUGGUCGUUAGCAUUCUCACCAAACGGUAGAAUACUAGCGUCAGGCUCCUAUGACCAGACUGUGCGGAUCUGGGAUUACGCUAUGAAUGGCCUAAAGCAGACACUCGAAAGCCGUUCGGGCCGGCUUCGGUCGGUAGCUUUUUCCCCUGACGGCCGGUUACUUGCGUCUUGCUCCGAUGAUUAUACUGUGCGACUCUGGGACCCUAUCACAGGUGAUAUAAAAUGGAAUCUAAAAGGCCACUUAGACGCUGUUUUGUUAGUGGCGUUCUCGCCAAAUAGCCAGCUACUCGCGUCUGGCUCUAUUGACCAGACUGUGCGGCUCUGGGAUUCCUCCACGGGCAAUCUGCGUCAAAUCCUCGAGGGUCAUUCUGAUUGGCCUCGGUCAAUAGUCUUCUCGCCGGAUAGCGAGCUGCUUGCUUCUAGCUUUGAUGAUCAAACUAUCCGGCUCUGGGAUACUACCACAGGCUCAUUAUUAUAUAAACUUGAGGGCCAUAUAGAUUGGCUUUGGUCUUUAGCAUUCUCCCCAGACGGCCGGCUGCUCGCAUCUGGCUCUGGUGAUCGUACUGUGCGGCUCUGGGAUAUCUCAACGGGGACUUUGCAGCAGACCCUUGAAGGUCAUACCGACUGGGUUCGAUCGGUAUCAUUUUCCCCUGACAGCUCGCUGUUGGCUUCCGGCUCCUAUGAUCAGACUGUGCGUCUCUGGGACGUUACAACUGGCCUCUUUCAGCGUGCUCUAGAGGGCCAUUCAAGUCCAGUUCGGUCAGUGACAUUCUCCCAGGACAGCAGACUACUGGCAUCCGGCUCCAGCGACCAGACUGUGCGACUUUGGGAUCCUACCACGGGCAAUUUGCAGCAAACCAUAAGGUCUUAUGGAAUAGUCACGGAUUUGGCGUUUUCUGGCGAUUCACGUCUUGACACGAACCUCGGAUGUCUUAUUAUUCGUUCUUUGAACGGCAACUGUAGCUCUGAUCUCGAUCAGACGAGUCUCGAGAUAUUCAUAAGGGAGAGUCAGUGGAUAACUAUGAACGGCGAAAAGGUACUAUGGCUUCCUCCUGAGACCCGACCCAUUUGUUCGGCCAUUAGAGGUAGUACACUUGCUAUAGGGCACUCGUUGGGUAGGAUUUCAUUCAUAGGAUUUGAUACAUAG